AUGGACAAAGAACAAAAUGAUAACGUGAAUGAUAAAGAAAUUCAAGACUUUUUUAAAGAAAUCGAACAUAUCGUGAAUGAUGAAGACAUAAAUAAUACAGACGAUACCCAAAUAGAGGAGUCAUUAAAAAAACAAGCCAAUGAAUUAAUUGAAAAAAAAAAAACAAGUAUUAAUUUGCCAAUUCAAUCAAAAAUAAGUUUAUUUCUUGAAGAGGUAAACUUUAUUAACAAUUGUAUAGACGCAUAUGAACAAAAAAAUAAAAACACAAAUAAAGAAUAUGACAAAGAAUUGGAUAACAUUUUAAAGGAUGUACUCUAUUUAGAGUUAGGUCUUAUGGAACCUGAAAAUAAAGACGCAGAAAAAAUGGUUUUAAAAAUCAAUGAAAAUUUGACCAAAAUAAAAAAUAAGGAAUUUAUUUUAGCUACCAAAAUAUCGCUAGAUAUAAGAAUAGAGGAUUAUCAAAAAGGGGAAAUCCGUGAAGAAUAUUUUUCCAACAAAGUUAAUGAGCUGUUUCAGGAGACAUUAAAACAACUAACUAUCGAAGAAAAUGAAAAAGAUAUAAUAUCGGAAGAAAGUUGUAUAGAUCUAUCAAAAAACCAUUCCGAUGAUAAAUGUUUAAAAGGUAAAAUAAUUGGAUUAUCUUUAGAAAAAAUAAAUGAUCCUAUUGAAGUUUCAAAAGAUGAACAGUCUAAUAUAAAAUCGGGAAAUGCAACAACCAUUCCACAAUCUACAAGCCAUAAAAGUUCAUCGAAAAAAUCAUCUAAUAGAAAGAAUAAGGAAAAUGAAAUUGAAUCAUCGAAUUUUUUUCAUAAAAAAAAGAUGAAACUGAUGGAACGAUGGAAAAAGGUUGCUGAAGAGUCUAAGCUAUUAGAUAGUUAUGAUUCGAGUUCUUAA